CCGGGAAACGCCCACCGAGGCGGAAGUGCGCCGUGUUUGUGGGUUUGUUAUUGACUGAAGCUAGCUGUGGAGUUUCUCUGACUCUGGCGGGACUCGGGUAUUUUUACGGUGUACAUUUUCGGGAAACUUCUCUGCCUUUGCGUCUUUUCAUCAUUUGAACCUCAAUAAGGUGGGAUUUCGCUGCUGUGUGGCAAAAAGGCCGGUUUGUAAGUAACUUAGCUAGCUCGUGUUUAGCCUGUUCGUUAGCUGCUAUGGAGCAGCCGUAGAGCUGUAACUGUUAACGUUACCAGGCUGAGAGUGAGACAGGCGGCAGAGAGAGAGAGAGACAGCCCGGAGAGAGGCGGCUAAAAUGGACUGUAGCGCCCUGGAGCUCGAUGCUAUCAAAUUUGCCAAAUCAGCGGUGAUACACGACCAGAAAGGAAAGUACAAUGAAGCGAUUUUCUUUUAUAAGGAGGCAGCCCAAGCUCUCAUCUAUGCUGGCAUGGCAGGGUCUAAACUGGAAAACCUUCAGGGAAAAGUAAACGAGUACCUGGAACGAGUACAGACUCUACUCAGUGCUGUUCAAGCACAGAGCAGUGACCCGUUAAAGACCAAGCAUCAGCUGGAUCUCGAGCGGGCGUACUUUCUGGUAACCCAAGCCUUUGAGGAGGAUGAGAAGGGUAACAGUGACGAGGCCAUUGAGCUCUACUCGCAGGCCGUGGAGUUGUGCAUACAAGCAUCCAACGAGACCUCUGAUCAAGCACUUCAGGGCAAAUUGAAGCAGUUGGCUCGCCAGGCACUAGACAGGGCAGAGGGACUGAAAGACUCCCUUUCUAAACCUACACUGCAGGAAAAGGCCAUCAGCUCCACUUCCAAAGCCCCUGCUCCAGUGAGGCAGUACCUGCCCCUGGGUCCAGACUUCUCCCUCCAUGACAAGCCGCAGCCGGUCCGAGCAGUGCAGUCCAGCGAGCCGCAGGGCCAGCGCUACACACCUGAGGAGAUAGAGGUGCUCAGGAAGACCUCCAGGAUAAAUGGAAUUGAAUAUGUGCCAUUCAUGAAUGUUGACCUGAGGGAACGCUUUGCUUUUCCUGUUCCAUUCUCGGACAAGCGUGGAAAGCUGGCCUUGUCUCCCAAACAGACCGCCAUCUUCUCUCGCUGGGUCCGGCCUGACGAGAUCAGCAACAACCCCACCAUGAUUUUCACUGUGUCCAGCUUCAGUAUCAAACAGACGGUAGUAUCAGACUGCUCUUUUGUCGCCUCUUUGGCCAUCAGUGCUGCAUAUGAGAGGCGCUUCAACAAGAAGUUAAUCACCAGCAUCAUAUACCCGCAGAAUAGGAGGGGGGAGCCAGAGUAUAAUCCAUGUGGAAAAUACAUGGUGAAACUACACAUCAAUGGAGUCCCUAGAAAGGUAAUCAUUGAUGAUUUCCUCCCAGUGGACCGCAAUGGUGAGCUGCUCUGCUCUUACUCAAGUAACCGAAACGAGCUGUGGGUUUCCCUCAUAGAGAAGGCCUACAUGAAGGUGAUGGGUGGAUAUGAUUUUCCUGGCUCUAACUCUAAUAUUGAUCUGCAUGCGCUGACUGGCUGGAUCCCAGAACGCAUUGCCAUGCACUCAGACAAUCAGUCCUUCAGCAAGGACGACACCUUCCGAAUGCUUUUCCAAAGGUUUCACAGAGGAGAUGUCCUCAUAACCACAGCGACGGGUGUUAUGACUGAGGAGGAAGGGGAGAAGUGGGGCUUAGUGCCCACACACGCCUACGCUGUACUAGACAUCAGGGAAUACAAGGGUAAGCGCUUCCUGCAGUUAAAGAACCCUUGGAGCCAUCUCAGGUGGAAGGGCCGUUACAGUGAGCGUGAUGAGAAGAACUGGACUCCGGAUCUACUCAAGUACCUCAACUUUGACCCCAAAACUGCACAGAAGUUUGAUAACGGUGUGUUCUGGAUUAUCUGGGAGGACCUGUGCCAAUACUAUGAUGUCAUUUACCUGAGCUGGAAUCCCGGACUGUUUAAAGAGUCUUCCUGCAUACACAGUAGCUGGGAUGGGAAACAGGGUCCAGUGAAAGACGCCUAUAGUUUGGCCAACAACCCUCAGUACAAGCUGGAGGUACAGUGUCCACAGGGGGGAGCUGCAGUGUGGGUGCUGCUAACAAGACACAUCACCGACAAGGAUGACUUUGCUCAAAAUCGAGAGUUCAUCACUUUAGUUGUUUACAAGACUGACGGAAGGAAAGUUUACUAUCCAGCUGACCCUCCACCUUAUAUUGAUGGCAUCAGGAUCAACAGCCCACAUUACCUGACCAAGAUCAAGCUGACCAAUGCAGGAACUCACACCUUUACACUGGUGGUGUCUCAGUAUGAGAAACAAAACACAAUCAACUACACACUAAGGGUCUACUCAGUGUGCAAGUUUAAUUUCUCCAAAAUUCCAACACCCUUCACUCAUACCAAAAGGAUAAAUGGCCAGUGGAAGGGCAUCAGCGCAGGAGGCUGUGGGAACUAUAAGGACUCCUACAAGCACAACCCCAUCUACCAGUUUAACCUGGAGAAAUCAGGACCUCUGCUCAUCGAGCUCCGCGGCUCCAGGCAGUACAGCGUGGGCUUCGAGGUUGUGACCGUGUCCACUGUAGGAGACCCUGGAAGCUCAGGCUUCCAGAAGAAGAGCAGUGGAGAUUACAGAUGUGGCUUCUGCUAUAUGGAGGUGGACUACAUCCCUGCAGGCAUUUACAACGUAAUCCCUACCACUUUCCUGCCCAAACAGGAAGGGCCCUUCUUCCUGGAUUUCAGCAGUGCCACUCCUCUUCGAGUGUCCCAGCUCCAGUGACAGCUGCUCCCACGACAGACCAGUAACCUACUGCAGCAGAGCAGAGCCUUCUCUCAUCAGUGCUGCAGUGUCUGUCCCUCACUUUCAAUCUGGUAUGGACCUGCCUGCUGUCCCUCCGCCCCCUUCAUUCAGCCUGACUGUUGUUAUGACUGCUUCCCUCCUCACAGAGUGUGGUCUGACAGACUGUCACAGACUGUUUGCCUGGCACCGUCUGUUUCUUGCUAUGAUUGUAAAGUGCUUGGAGCACAUAUGCACACAUUGCUUCAAAGAAUUGCACAGAACUCUUCUGAUGAUGUUGGUGCAUGAACAUUUUAUUCCCAUGGAUGACUUUUUCACUCAGGAGACUGCAAUAAACCGUUGGACUUUACAACACUGUAUAUUAUGGGAAGAUUCAUGUUUGGUACCUAGGUGGCUAUGUAGCCGUUCUAAGGGCUCUUCUGUGGUCAAUGAAGUAUAAAUGACUUGAGAUCUGGCACUAAAUACUGGUGUUCAGAAUUAUAGCACUCUCAUCUAGAAGGUAUAAUGAAGUACCAGCAAGACUUGGAAUCUGCCGCUUUUUCACUUUUUCAGGUGCUAAUUUUUUGUUUCAUGUUCUGUGAUGUCACAUCAAGCCAAAUCAGUUUUGUUGGUCUCAAAAACAGAAAUAUACUCAGCUAUAGAUCACUGGUUUUCAAACUGGUCUUCAGGGCCAACCAGAUGGUGCACAAUCGUGCUCCAACCCAGGGCCCUGGGGACCGGAUUGAGAACCACUGCUAUCCAUGAUUUUCCUGAAAACCCAACGGGGGCUGCCAUGAUGCCUCACUAUUUCCCUUUGUGCUAACCAGAGAAUUUCUACUGAAAAAAUAAAUUGCCUCUGGUACAGACUACAUGAUUGAAACAUAAGCUUGGGCUCGUAGCUGGCUGUUGUUGGAAAAGUAUGUACUCCAGCUUAUUGGUAAACACCCUGCACCCUCUGCGUUCCAUUCCAAGCUGAAGAAGAAGGAAAGGAAACUGAUCUUUCUUGCAGCUUUAAAACUGAAAUAUUCUCCAGAAAGGAGAUAUGUUUGCUCAUAAAAAUAGGAUACAUAGCAAAUAGGAUCUAUCUGAGCUUAUCCCUACCUUCUACAAGACAGCUGCUUUCCCGUUUGUCUGGUUACUAAGAAAUUCCUAGCAUUUUUUGCCAAUUUUAUUAAAAAAAAAAACAACAGCAAUUCAUGUUCACUAUUUCACUGGUUCAGAACGGAAACACUAACUAGAAACCAAAAAACGGCUUUGGUUAUGAAUCAUGGGAAAGGUUAAAGUUCAGGAAAAUUAUGGAUAGAUAAUAGGAUGCACUCAUCUUAAUGAACAGGGGUAUUGCCAGGGGAACUUGCACCUCCAUGUAACCCAGUUUAUUAAUAUCGUUCAUCCACUCAGAUGUAUUUAUUUUCAGUGCAAUUAAAGGAAAGCAGAGGAAAAAUAUUAACAAUUAGAUCAGAUUAUCUGUUGUAGGACAGUUUGUGUUUUUUCCUUGGACUUGAAAGCAGAUCAUAAGGAUGAAGUUUUUGUGAAGCAGAGAGACGCCUUGAGGAAACACAAGGGAAGCCGUUUUUGUUGUAGUGAAGUAAAGGCAGAAUUGGUCCUAACUGGAGUCAGCAGGUUUCAGUCACAACAGCAGCAACUUCUAACAGAACGCUUUUUCUUUGAAACAUCAGUGACCUAUAAAUGAAAGGUUCACCAGUU